AUUCUAAAGGGGAGGGGCUAAGGAGAACAACCCAAAGGGGUGGAGCUUAGAACCAGAAGGCCGGGGGGCGAGGAGGAAGACCUCGGAGUAUUUCAAGGGGAGACCCAGGUUCGUAAGGGACCGGGCUCCCGCGGGCUCGCAGGGGGGCGGGGCCUCGAGCUCCAGGGGCGGGGCCUAGAUCUCGGGGUCCGCCCUCGCUGUCUCGCCCACUUGCCUUCACCCGCACCCCCGUUCUUUUCGGUUAUUUUCUGCUACGGCAGUUCCCUGCCCUGCCCCGGGCCCAGGGGGCCGCUGUCUGAACUCUGGUCGGCUGGAGGACUCGUCUCCCAGCUCCGUCAGAAAUGGGGAACGUGCAGUCGGAGCCAUCCGCGGGUGGGGGCUCCCGAAAAGAGCAGGCCUCGGACCGCGCCCCCGACUCCCGCCGGACGUCCCUGGUGGAGCCCGAGAUGACCUCCCAGGCCAUGCGCCUGACUCGCGGGCUGGGUGUCUGGUUCCCUGGCAGCUCCGCACCCCCGGGACUCCUGGUACCCCGGGAGCCCCAGGCCUCACCCUCGACCCUGCCCCUCACCUUAGAACGGCCCUCUCCAGUGAUGUCCCCUCCUGAAGAGGCGGCCGCGGUCUCUGCACCACCCCCAGCCCCCGCGGGGACCCUGCUGCCCGGCCCGUCUAAAUGGCAAAAGCCCGCGGGCACUCCAGUGCCCCGGAUCCGCGGCCUGCUGGAGGCGAGCCAUCGCGGCCAGGGCGACCCUCCGAGCCUCCGCCCGCUGCCGACGCCGCCGCCGCCGCCGCCGCCGCCGCCCCCGACCCCGCCCCGGCAACUAUCCGUAAAGGACACUGUCCCGAGGGCCCCAUCCCAAUUUCCGUCGCCCCUGGAGCCUUGGAAGCCGCCACCACCAUUACCUUCUGAACGGCAGCCGGCGGACCGCAGAAUCACUCCUGCUCUGGCCACACCCGCCUCAACCCUCACAGAAAGCCAGGCUGGGCCGGGCAACCAGGGCCAGACGGCCGGUAGGGCUCGCGGAGGGGCGCCUCCUCAGGCGGGCGAAGGCGAAAUGGCCCAGCCUGUGGCUUCCGAGUCCGGCCUGAGCCUGCUGUGUAAAAUCACCUUCAAGUCGGGGCCCUCUUUGGCCCCUCCGGCAGCUUCGAGUUCCUUAGCAGCCAAAGCUUCGCUCGGGGGCGGCGGAGGCGGCGGCCUCUUUGCUGCCUCGGGUCCCAUCUCUUACGCCGAGGUCCUGAAGCAGGGGCCCCUGCCUCCUGGAUCCGCUCGCCCCCUGGGAGAGGUUCCUCGAGGGGCACAGGAAGCUGAGGGAGGUGAUGGAGACGGCGAAGGGUGCUCUGGUCCUCCCUCGGCGCCUGCGUCCCAAGCCCAGGCCCUACCGCCGCCACCCUACACCACCUUCCCAGGCUCAAAGCCCAAAUUCGACUGGGUUAGCGCUCCCGACGGCCCUGAACGCCACUUCCGCUUCAACGGGGCUGGCGGAGGCAUCGGGGCGUCGCGACGGCGUGCGGCCGCACUCUCUGGACCCGCGGCUGCACCCAUCAAGACCCGCACGCGCAGGAACAAGGGUUCCCGUGCAGCCCGGGGCGCAACCCGUGAGGAUGGCUUGCCUGGAGACGGUCCUCGUGAAGGAGCUACAGCUACAGUGCUGGACAGCAGCGAUGGAGGGGGUGGUGGCAGCGGGGCCUCUCAGACUGGGGCAGCUAACACCCGCGCGGCGCGCCACUGGCCGCCCUUCCAGGUGCUUAACUCCUGUCCCUGCAAGUGUUACUGCCGCCACCAGCCACGCCAUCGCCGCCUGCCACGCAACGUCUCUGCCUGGCUGAGCACACCCACCAACCACCUGGGCGAGCCACCCUGGGUUGCCACCAUCAAGCUGGCCGGCUCCCUGGUGGCUGGGCUGGAGCACUACGACCUGCAGGCCACCCAUUCCAACUGAGUGCAGUCGGCUCAACACUCUCCACCUUCCCCUCCAUGACAAUAAAAUAACCAAUCCAGA